AGUGUAGUUUAACCACCGGUGCGAUCAUCACAUCGACUUAUUUUAAUGCAAUGCGGAAAUGGCGUGUAGUUGACAACAAUUUUCAGAAUAAUUUUUAAUAUUUUAACGGGAGUCUUUAUUUAAGUGGCAUAAAAAUGAUGCAAUUCAUGCUCCUGUUUAGCCGCCAAGGCAAACUGCGACUACAAAAGUGGUAUGCUGCACAUCAGGACAAAAUGAAGAAAAAGAUCACCAGAGAGCUGGUCACGUUGGUGUUGUCACGCAAACCAAAGAUGUGUAGUUUCUUGGAAUGGAAGGAUCUUAAAAUUGUUUAUAAAAGAUAUGCCAGCUUGUAUUUCUGCUGCGCGAUAGAGCCUGAAGACAAUGAGUUACUCACGCUGGAGGUCAUACACAGAUAUGUGGAGCUACUCGACAAAUACUUCGGAAGUGUGUGUGAGCUGGACAUUAUAUUCAACUUUGAGAAGGCCUAUUUCAUGCUGGACGAGCUGCUACUGGGCGGGGAGGUGCAGGAGACCAGCAAGAAGAAUGUGCUGAAGGCCAUCGCCGCCCAGGACCUACUGCAAGAGGAAGAGGCCUUAGAUACUGCUCUCACAGAAUAUGGGCUUACGUAGCUACCGUUGCCAUAGAAACAGGCUGGCUGGAUUAUUUUUGCAUUUAGAGGAAACUCCCCAGGGAUUUUUUGAGGACCACGGGCUUGGCUGACGUGGAAGCAUGGAAAAUAACUUACCCCACCCACUUUACUAACACUGCAUGAGGCUUAAUGCAAAAUAUUAUUGUGCAACGUCAGGAUGCAUAAUUUAAAUCCAGAUUGUGCAAUCAUUCUGUGUUGUAGAUUGUAAAUUUGUUUUUUGUGAAGAUUGUUGCUGUGUUUGCCACUACUUUUUGAGUUUGACAGAAGUCCAUUUUUGUAACUGAACAUGUAUGAACAACAUAGGGUGGGGUUUAUUUGUAUGUGGUUUACUAAAACCCAUAAGCUUAGUACGUUUAAGUUUAAUUAACUGUUGUGUAGCUUUAAAGAAUAUGAUUUUUACACAAAUCCAUUUAGAAAUGCGUUGUUGAUAUUUAUUUAUUUAUCCUUGUGAACUCGACUGUUUGUUAUCUGUCAUACUUUUGUUUUAAAAGGGAGUCACUGUCUACAAAUUUGUGCACACAUUUAAAGUUCAUUAAAAAAAAAUAUAUAAAUUUUGUCAACAGUAAUCGGUUGAAUUGACAUGUGUUGACAUCUAAACAGUUUUUCUCUGUUAUGUUGUAAAUUUAUAUUUGGCAUUUUCUUUCUUUGACAUAUUUGUGAUUUAAAGCUGUUCAAGCUAUGUCACUAAAUGCUGACUGAGGCAAUUUGAAUUGAAGUCACCAGCAUCUUCUUAAAGUCCCAAAAGUAGUUCAUAAUUUGAGAUGAAUAUUAUACAAACAGAUUAAUAUCGUUGUAAAUGAUGUACAAUGUGCAAAGACAUACUUUAUUCCUAAAUACUGUUUUGUUUUCCAUGUUUCUUUUAUAUGUUAUAAGUCAGUUAAUGUAUUGAAAACAGAAAAACAUUCCAUUAUAAGUUAUGAACACUUUCUACGAUAUAUUGUAUGUUGGUACUGUUUUAGUCCUUAAUUUGAAACAUUUCUCAAACUACUGUAUCUUUUGGAAUGUAAGUACCGGAUCAGGGGUUUUUCUGCUAUGUCAAAAAGGCCUUUAAAUAGACCUGAUCCUCAAGCAAACGGACCCGAUCCCAAACCCAAAUUGUUAAAAAAAAUCGCAAUGCCAAUCCCAAAUUAUUAUUAAAAAAAAUUGUAAGAAAGAAUUGUCUCUUAUGAUUAUUAUAUCUAAAUAUUUUUUCAGAAACAACUAACAAAGUAUAUAACUAUAAUUUAUAUGAUUAUUUCCAAAAAUGGCCUAGAAAAGGCCUCAUGUGUCAAUAUUUGUUAUAAAAAAAAUCCCAAUUUGGUCUAUAUUGUCAAUAUCAAUUUCCCAAAUUUGCCAUUUUAUUGAUUUAAAAUAUCCCAAAUUGACCAGACCCCUUUUCAAACAAUGGCUAGAAAAUUCCCUGCGGAUACACUGUAUUUAAUUAAGCAGGUCCAUCCUAUAUACUAGUUUAUAGCUAUUAUUAUUGAAUGUUACAUGUAGAUGGAGAAAUUAUUUACUGUCAACCAAAAAUACCAUAUCUUAAAUAUGUUUAAUUGCAAUUAAUAAAUUAUGUUGUCAAAUAGAA